AUGUCUCGUACAGUGGAGUUGGGGUCGCCUCUGGCUGGCUGUUCUCCAGAGGAAUAUUGCCUGCUGUCAGAGACGAAUCAGGUGCUUCGAUUGGCCAUCCAAUAUAGCAAACUCCAGAGAGGACCAGGUGGUAACUGGCGCGGACAAACCAGGAUCGACAGCAUUGCAACAACCGCAGAGCAUAUCCUCAUGCACCAGGCUCUUGGCAGCAACUUGGAUAAAGACCGAGAUGCGUUCAUCUCAUGGUUCUAUGCUGUCCAGAACUCAGAUGGCUCAUGGGGCAUCAACCCUGGGGACCCUGGCGAUCUUUCGGUUACGGUUGAGGCUUAUCUUGCUUUGAGAAUCUUAGCGAUGGACCAUACAGUGCUGGUCCCUCUCCUCAUCCUUUGCCACCAUCGUCCAAUCUUCCCAUUACCCAUUCAGGACUGCGCAGCCAGCACAUACCUGAAUGAAUUGCGGUGCAAACCAGAAGAACCGCAAGAGAAAGCCUUUUGCGCUUCUCCACCUCGCACUUGCGGGGACACUGCACUGGCCUCAACCUCCUUAGACUUGAUUGCACAUUUCCUGAGCUUCCUAAAAUACGUCCUUCCCCUCCGACGCUAUGCGCUUGAUCGGAGUGUUGCGUUCAUCCUUCAGACCGUGCAGAAAAUGGGAGGUGUCGGGCAUCUCUCACGGCCGCCGCACAUGGCGAUACUUGCAUUGAAGCUGGAGGGUUACUCGGUCCACUCUCGUCCUCUGCGCACGGGUCUGGACAGUAUCGGACACUUUGUGUAUGAAGAUGAGGACGGAAAGCGGAUCUCGAGCGCGAAUACAACCUUCCGCGACAGCAGUCUGAUGAUUACAGGGCUCGAAGACGCUGGCGUCGCAGCCGAUGCUCCGUGGUUCAGGAACUCUGUGCAAUGGCUGCAGGGCUGUUUGCUUUCAGACGUCAAUAACCACGCAUUCAAGGCUUUCGAUACUCGGGUCCGUCGUGUGGAUGAUGUGUCAUCCGCGAUUCACGCGAUAAUUCAACAGAAUCCUCUCAUGCUCCGCUCACACCUUGUCACCGCUCUCGAAUGGCUCCUAGAGCGACAGAAUUCAGAUGGCGGAUGGGCAUCGCUAGGGUGCAGUGAGACACUUGUUCGUCAGUCAACGCCAGACGUGACUGGUCAUGUCCUCGAAACCUUCGGCUUGCUUCUGACUGUGAGUCGACGGAAUAGGAAACUGGUUGCGCAAGGGACAUUGAUCGAUCAUGUCGCAUCAGCUUCUCGAAGGGCAAUACACUACCUGUCUGUCACCCAACAACCCUGCGGUGCCUGGUUUGGGUGCUGCACCAGGCAUCACAUCUACGCGACAAGCGCUGUCCUCCGCGCAUUGGCGUAUUUCAUCGGGGUCAAAGAGCGCAACAGAUGGACCGAGAGAGAUGACAGUAUCAACGACGAUGUGUCCCAAGCUAUCCACUGGUUUGAGAGCCUCCACAAUCAAGAUGGAGGCUGGGGCGACAUUUGCUGGAGAGAAAAAGGUGAGGAGUCUACAGCGUCACAGACAGCUUUGGCACUCCUGGCAUUACUGCCUUACCUGUCACCCAUGGAUAGCGUACUCCGAAACGGCGUGGAGUAUUUGAUACAAACGCAGGCCAAGACACUUCCUGGAGGGGCAACAUGGACGGAGGAUCAGUCAAUGAGGGCUUGUUCUCCAGCCUGCACAUAUAUCAGCUCGUCCUAUAGCUCGCAUUGUUUCCCCAUGAUGGCAAUUGGCAGGUAUGUGCGAGCACUGAGGCAGUAUGAGCGUGGGGCAGACUUGGUUUGA